AUGCCUGGAAUACUACCCAUGAAAGUGAUCAAGGUCGGCUCAAGCUGCCAGAGCCGCAUCGCACAAGCCUGUGAUCGAUGCCGCUCAAAGAAGAUACGAUGCGACGGCAUUCGCCCCAGCUGCACGCAAUGCACAAAUGUCGGAUUCGAGUGCAAGACGAGUGACAAGCUCAGCCGUCGUGCAUUUCCCAGAGGAUACACAGAGUCGUUGGAAGAGCGCGUACGCGUAUUGGAGGCAGAGGUCCGCGAUCUGAAGGAGUUACUGGACGAGAAAGACGAGAAAAUUGACAUGCUGUCACGUAUGCACACACGCUCCCCUGCAGCAUAUUCAACUGCUAGACUACCUUCGAUACAUUCACCUGGAUCCUCAGAGAUUCGAGAGGAAUCGCAAGACAAAGAUGAUACAUUCAAGGUGCAGCAGGCACCGCUCCUACUUGACGACCUGAACAAAGAUUCGUAUUUCGUAGGCAGCUCGAGUGGACGGACACUUGUUGAGGCGUUUAAGCAAAAAGCACAGGAAACAGGUAGAUUGUCUACCGACAUUAACUCGAGCGCCUUCUUCGGCGCUGGAUCCCGACCAACUGCUACUCAUCCCAAGCGUAUCGUUUCCUUCAAGGCUCCUCCACGUCUGGUCUCAGACCAGAUGAUUAACAUCUUCUUCCAAGAAUGGGCACCUCUGUUUCCGAUUCUUCAUCGCCCGACCUUCUUAUCGCUCUACGAGCAUUAUGUGGCCAGUCCGGAUACCAUGAGCGACAAGAAAUCUAUUGCACAACUUAACAUGGUUUUCGGAAUUGCCGCGCUAUCGAGCGAUCCACGUGACGGUCAAGAUGUGGAGUCAUUCGAGGCUCAGUGGCAAAGCGCUAUUGAUAGCUUCUUGAUGGAGAAUGACGUCGCAACGCUGCAAUGUCUCGUCCUUGCCCAGAUUUUCAGCCUGCUGAGGGCUGACUAUUCUCGCGUGCUCAAGUACAAGGGUUUGGCCGUCGGCCUGUCGCAACGCCUUGGCUUGCAUCAGUCGCAGAAGCGAUUCGCGCUCGAUGCACUGACGAGCGAAACGCGAAAAAAGCUGUUCUGGUCGCUGUACACGGUUGACUGUCUCUCCGCUGCACACCUCGGACUCCCGAAGCUGAUCCGAGAGGAAGAUGUACAUUGCGAGUAUCCGGUAGAUGCCGACGACGAAUACGUCACAGAGAAGGGGUUCCUGCCGACCCUGCCCGGCGAGUACACUAAGCUCUCCAGCGCACUGGCUCUCUUCCGCCUGUCGCGCAUCUUAUCCAAGGUGCUGACGGAGCUCUACCCCGGAUCUGCAUCACAUGACAUCUCCUUCCGCACCAUUGCGUCGCUCUCCGACGAGCUGGAGGACUGGCAGAGCAACCUUGCACCUCAUCUCAAGCUGACGUUUGCGCAAGACAAGCCAAGCACCAACGUCACCAGCAGCAGAUCCCCUGUUCUGUCUCUCGCCUACCACCACAUUAGGGCGUUGGUAUAUCGCCCAGCCGUCGUCGCCAAUCUUGGCGACAAGGGCUCGUCAGCCGUGGUAGCCGUUGGCGAUGCCUGCAAGCACAUCGUGCAGAUUGUCGAACUUCUUGACGAGCGCAAGCUGAGCUUCUCCUUCUGCCUCAACCGUAAUGAAGUGCUCGUGCAAGCUGGCUUCGGCCUGCUCUUCCAGACUUUGACACUUGCUCGCGAGGGCAAGUUGAUCAAGGAUAGCAAUCGCCUCGUAUGCUCCGUCAUGGACAUGCUUGAGCGUGGAAAUGCUGCUGGCUAUGCCGAGUUCCGUCGUGUGGGCUGCGGCAUUGUCGCUGUUCCUCGUGUGGAGCAAAUGCCAGCCCCACCACUGUCACGACACAACUCAGAGGGCAGCAUGGGGGCGCCUCUGGAUACCUUCCGCGCUACCCAGAAGUCCCUCAAAGCCCUCGCAGCUCGCUUUUCACCAAGCACCAUGAAGGCCGCCCGACAAGAUCAAGAACCCCGUCGCGCAACCCUGCCUACUCUCUCACCCAAUGUCGGGGUACAUGCCAACGCGUCAUUGACAAGUCUAUCAUCCAUUCGAUCAGAGCCUCCUAUUGCUCGUUCGGAACCCACACUGAGCCCACUGUCACAUCGUGCGUCCUUCUCGAUGCCGAACAAGCGUCGCCCAAGCCAGCCAACUUCUCAACAACAACAGCAGCAGCAGCAACAGGAGCAGCAGCGCAAUAUUGACUAUCUGUCAUUUGCCACUGAUCCACUUGCCAGCUACGUUCUGCAAAACAACCAAGGUAUCAAGACCGAGGUCUCAUCAUCCGACUGGGAGCGCCUCCUUUCCUCGCUUGACAAUGGCCAGACAAACAUCUAUGACACAAUCUACGGCGGGACACCAGCAGACGCUCUCGUCGAAGUUGCCCCUCAAUCAGCCAGUACCGAUAGCAACGUCACUUGGUCACCAAACGUCUGGAACUGGGACAGCUACAGCUCAGAGGCACCACCUCCUCAGAGCGUCCUCAGUUUCAGUGAUGAGAGCUUGACAAGUGGAGAAGAGUUCAGCACCGGUGCAUGUGACUAUGGCUCCACGCCCGGCAGCGAUAGACUGUACCCUGGUAUCAUGAUCCCCGGCGACUACGAUAGCACAGCGAAUCUUACGGGCAUGGAUCCUACCUAUUGCGGGUUGUAA